GACACACUUCCUCUCUCCCUUUCCCUCUCCCUUUUCUCUCUCCCUUUUCUCUCUCCCUUUCCCCAUAUCCAUUCAUACAUCCACCUACCCCACGCUAUCUCCCCCAAAUCUUCCUUCGCAAUGGGAUCGAUCGACUCCACCCCUUUCCCCGUCCUCGACGACCCCCGUCCCGAGGACAACUCCCUCCCCGCCUUCAUGGUUUCCACCACCCGCGGCUUCCUCCCUCGUGCCGACCCUGUUGCCGUUCUGCCCUCCGAGUUUGCCCCGCUUGAGGACAUACUUUCCCGCAUGCCCGUCAAGAAGCUCGACGGCACGCCGGGCCUGCUGGCAUCGUCCACGCUGGGCGAGACGGUCGACGCCGAGUUCCCCGACCUCACCCACGCCAUCGACAAGUACAAGGACAACCUGCCGUUGAUGAACGCCUUGUACCGCGACUACUCGUUCCUCGCGUCCGCCUAUCUGCUCGAGCCCUGCCAUGAGCGCUUUGUUAGGGGCGAGGGAUACGGCCUUGCGAGGGAUCGCUUGCCCAGGAGCAUCUCGCUGCCUAUCGCGCGCUGCGCCGACCUCACCGGCUUCAAGCCCUGGAUGGAGUACGCCGGCUCCUACGCUCUCUACAACUACCGUCUCGAAGACCCGUCAAAGGGUAUGGAGUACUCCAACGUCCGGCUCAUCCGCGCCUUUGAGAAGGGUUUGGACCCGACCUCGUCCGAGGCUGGCUUCGUGCUCGUCCACAUCGCCAUGGUGAAGCACACCGGCGGCCUGGUGAAGGGCACAGUGGACGCGCUCCGCUCGUCCGGCUCGCCCGGCUCCCCCUUUGACCGCGCCGGCCUCAACCGCGGGCUCUCUGAGGUCCUCGCGGCCCUCCGGACGAUCAACAACACGAUGGAGACCAUGUGGGACAAGUCGCGGCCGCAGAGCUACACCAGCUUCCGCACCUUCAUCUUCGGCAUCACCAGCCAGAGCAUGUUCCCCAACGGCGUCGUCUACGAGGGCGUCAACAACGACGAGCCCAUGUCCUUCCGCGGCGAGUCGGGCGCCAACGACUCCAUCGUGCCCCUCAUGGACAACCUCCUCCAGGUGCCCAUGCCCGACACGCCCCUCACCGAGAUCCUCAAGGACUUCCGGUCGUACCGCCCCAGCAACCACCGCCAGUUCCUGCUGCACGUCAAGGACCGCUCCCUCGAGGUCGGCCUCAAGGACGCCGCGCUCGCCGCCAAACUGUCAGCCGAAGGCCUCGCCGAGGACGAGAGGGAGGCCAUCCGCGAGUCCCGCCGCCUUUGGCUGCUCAUCCUGCACCAGGUCCGCGACUUCCGCUGGCGCCACUGGUGCUUCGCCCGCGAGUACAUCCUCAAGCGCACAUCUCACCCGACGGCUACCGGCGGCAGCCCCAUCGUCACCUGGCUGCCGAACCAGCUCGAGGCCAUCCUCGUCGAGAUGGAGGACCUGUACGAGGCCGUGGGCGGCGGUGCCAGGGGGGAUUGGGACCUCGGCGAGGAGCUGCGGGAUGUCAUGGACUUGGUGGCGCGGCAGAAGCAGACGCUGCGGAAGGAGGUGGCCAAGUACUGCGCCGAGCGCGGCGUCGACUCGCCCAUGUCGUCGUGAAC